AAAGAACAAAUUUUGACAAGGCGGGAGGUUUUCUAAAGAGUGGGAAGAAAUGGCAUCAGAUGAAGACUUGAAGGACGAAUUUUCAAUUUUUGGUGUAGAUCUUGAAAAUGAAGAUGUUAUAGAUAAAUUAAAAGAGUUGUGUGUCCUGUACCGACUCGAUGCAUCACAAAUCAGCACAGAAUGGAUUGCUUUCUACAACACAAAGAAGUCCAAAGGAAACCUCGCUCUCAGCUGUGAGGUUUUGGAUCAAUUUGACAGAGAGAGACUUAACAAGAAGACGCCACGCACACCACAAGUCAAGAAAAAAUCUGGUCCAACUGUGUAUGAUGUCAAUACUGUUCAGAAUGGUAUUGACGAGAAUGAGGCUGUUGAACUUUACAAUGCCUACUCUGGAAAUUCCACACCAUCGAACACAAAGAAGGUGGCUGUCUCACAAAAGCGCCAGUUGACUCCUGAUAACCCACCAGUGAAACGAUUCACUAACAGUGUCCGUAGUCCCAUGGUCCCCUUCUCCCCAGCCAGCUUCUCUCCAGGGAUAACUCCCUCAAAGAAGUUUAGCUCAAGGUCGAAUGCAGGAGAAAACGUUGCAGCACUUGGGGUGAAUGACAACACUGACUGGAAAGGUCAAGGCCACAAUGUACACAUAGCCUAUUACGAUUCCAGAAAUGCUAUGGAACCACACUUCAAGUACAUGUUUCAAAAGUUGACAGAAAAGGCAAAUGUCCUGAAUGACAUGAUUGAGGACCUAGCGGAACAGCUCCAAGACCACCAUAAGAUAGAGGAUCUGUCCCACGUAGCUCUGCCGAUCCAGGAGCCUGUCACCGUGGUGGGGCGUGUUGGCUGUGAUAGUAUAGGCAAGCUGAAUGCCAAGUCUGUGAUACUGGAGGGCUCCCUGGAGACAUCUGCUGGUCGAUGUAUCCCUGUUGAUCUGACAGAGCUCCAGGAAUUCUCACUUUUCCCAGGACAGAUCGUUGCAAUGGAUGGAAUCAACAAUACUGGACAAAAGUUUGUUGCAAAGAAGUUACACAAGGGUGUCGGCCUUCCUCUGCCAGAUGUAACUGUAAAGUCAGAAACAGGAAAGCUGAGUGUAAUGGUGGCCACAGGACCGUUUACAACCUCUGAUAAUUUGGCAUAUGAACCUCUGACAGACCUCUGUAAAUACAUCAGCCGUGACUCCCCAGAUGUCUGUAUACUGCUGGGUCCAUUUGUUGAUGUAAAAAACGAUCAGAUAGAGAAAGGAAAUUGCACAACCUCAUUUGAUGACCUUUUCUGGACACAAAUGAAAAGCCUCAGUGACAUUGCAGACAAUAAGGGCUGUAAGUUUAUAGUGGUGCCUUCCUACAGAGAUGUCCACCACGACUAUGUGUAUCCCCAGCCUCCAUUUGAUCCAAAGAACUUUAAGCAAACAUUGUCAAAGAACCUACACUUCAUGCCAGAUCCAUGUACAGUGUGUGUCAACAACGUUGUGUUUGGUGUCACCUCCACAGACGUCCUCAUGCAGCUCGGAGCUGAGGAAAUCUCAUGCAACAUCCCUGGGUCUACUGAUCGUCUAGGGCGACUAACACAGCACCUUCUUACCCAGAGAAACUAUUACCCCCUGUUUCCUCCUGCAGACGAAGUCAACAUUGACUACAAAUACUUUGAGGACAAAGGAAGGAUCCCAGUUACUCCCCAUGUACUCAUUGUACCAUCUGAUCUUAAACAAUUUGUCAAGGACAUUCAAGGAUGUUGUUGUAUAAACCCAGGACGACUCGCCAAGGGACAGUGUGGGGGGACAUACUGCCGGCUCGUGAUACACACAGACCAGCUAUCACAGAGUACCAACUCCUCCGAGUCUGAUACACACACAGACCAGCUAUCACAGAGUACCAGCUCCUCCUCAGUCAUACCAAUCUCUCAGUACAAGCGAGUCUGAUACACACACAGACCAGCUAUCACAGAGUACCAACUCCGAGUCUGAUACACUCACAG